AUGCGCAGCGAGUUGCCAGAUGGUCAAGUUGGUUGCGCUGCCCUUUCUCCGCUCGUCCUGGAACGCACCGACGACCGCCUUCGAGGCCUGGGCCCCCGCAGCGUGGAUAUUGCUGCCACCCUGGCGGGCGUGCCCAGGGAGUCUUUGGCCGCCGACCAUUGGCAGGCCGUGCGGCACCGAUUCCACGGGGCAGUACGGGCGCAUCUCCGGCGGCAAGACACGCUGGCCAUGGACAUGCGCUUGCGGCGCAUGCUGCAGCUGGUUCGAUGCUCCCUGCCGCGUCGCUCCCCGCGGGUCGUUGCCUGCAGGUUCGUAAACCGUGUUCAGACGUUGCGGAACCUCGUGCCGCCAGGGGUGCGUGCAGUUGUGCUUCGCACUGCGUGGAACUGGUGGUGCACAGCACGGCGAGUUCAAAAAAUCGACGUUCCUCGCAAUGUCUGCAUCCUUGGGUGCGGCGGGGCGCCGCAGGACAGCGUGGAACACUAG